AUGGAUGACAAGCAACGCCGGUAUGAAAAGAUUGAAUUCUUAGGAGAAGGACAGUUUGCUACUGUCUAUAAAGCCAGAGAUCUACAAGAUGAUAAAAUUGUUGCUGUUAAAAAGAUAAAAAUUGGUACCCGAGCUGAAGCUGCUGAUGGUAUUAACCGUACUGCUUUGCGAGAAAUCAAGUUAUUACAAGAAAUUAGUCAUCCUAAUAUCAUUGGACUUUUGAAUGUAUUUGGGCAUAAAUCAAAUGUGAGUCUUGUAUUUGACUUCAUGGAAACAGAUCUUGAGAUCAUCAUAAAAGAUAAUAGUAUUGUGCUGACUGCAGCCCACAUAAAGUCCUACAUUUUACAGACUUUACAAGGGCUACAUUACCUCCAUGCACACUGGAUACUUCACAGGGAUCUGAAACCUAAUAAUCUGUUAAUCAAUGACAAAGGUAUCCUCAAGUUGGGAGAUUUUGGUUUGGCCAAAUUUUAUGGCUCCCCAAACAGAAUUUAUACUCAUCAGGUUGUUACUAGAUGGUACCGUUGUCCGGAGUUGUUAUUUGGUGCUAAAAAUUAUAGCACUGGUGUUGAUACCUGGGCUGUAGGUUGUAUUCUUGCAGAAUUAUUACUUCGAGUGCCAUUUUUUCCUGGUGAAUCAGAUCUUGACCAACUGACUCGUAUUUUUCAAGCUUUAGGAACACCUACGGAAGAGACAUGGCUUGGUAUGCAGGACCUUCCUGACUAUAUUCAGUUUAAAGUGUUUCCACCAAACCCUUUAAGUUGUAUUUUUACUGCUGCCUCUGAUGAUUUGUUAGAUGUUAUGGCUUUUCUUCUGAGCAUGGAUCCUCUAAAAAGAUGUACAACUGAAGAGGCUCUCAAAAUGCCAUAUUUCAGUAACAAACCAGCCCCCAGUUUAGGUUCACAGCUACCCAUGCCUAGUUUCAAGUCAGACAGGGAUGAUUCUACCUUUAAAAGAACAAUGAAAAGAAAACUGAGUGAUAACACAAGAGGUUCUCUUGCAAAGCGACUUGUUUUCUAA